GCUAAAGCCAAAAAACUGCUUUGAUCAGAUCGUGUGUGUUUAGAGAAUGAAGUUUCAUUUCAAACCUGCAGUCUUCCGAUUUGUAGUUCUAGAAAUCACAGGAUUUAUAUAUGGUGAACAGUCACUGAAGAGAAUAAGCGCCUGAAAUGGACCUUUUAUUGGUCGGCUGAAGGAAAAAAGUCAGGGUUAGGGUUUAUGUUGUAGGCCGGGUCGGGUCGGGUUUAUUUAUAUUACGUGCUCUGUGUUCCAUUCGUAAACUCUACUUUCUGCAAGCUUGUUUAGUUUCUAGAAAUGCGAAGAUUCGGUACAAUACGAUCAAGACUAUCGCUUUUUUCAGUUUUAGUCAACUCCAAUUUGAAAUUAGGGUAUGUUAAACCGACCCUUAUAUCAAAUUCCAGUGUUGAACCAUCUUCUAGCAGUUCCUUGGACUUUGGCGUGCCGUUUUCCUUCUCUUCUUUCUCCACCUCAAGUCUUGAAACCUCAAGUUUCAUAAAGGUAGAGAAAUCAAAAGAAACUGCUAGCUGCUGCAACACUGAUAGUGAUGCUGAUGAUGGGGAUGGGGAUGAUAGCAAGGAUGUCGACGAAUCUGUUUUUGAACAAUUCGGAUUAAAGGAUGGAGGAAGUUCACAGGACGCGGAGACCAUUUGGGAUAUCCUGAAGGGAUGUGGGAACAAUCGUGUGGAGAUGAAAAACAGGCUUGAGCAAUGUAGUGUUAAAGCCUCAUCAGAGCUGGUAACUGAGAUUCUUUCACGGGCUCGAAAUGAUUGGGAGACAGCAUUUACUUUCUUUCUAUGGGCUCAGAAGCAGCCAGGUUAUUAUCAUUCAUUGCGUGAAUAUCACAUGAUGAUCUCAAUUCUGGGGAAGAUGAGAAAGUUUGAUACUGCAUGGGCAGUCAUUGAUGAAAUGAGGAGGGGAAGAUUAGGUGAAUCUCUUUUGACUCCACAGACUCUUUUGAUCAUGAUCAGGAGAUAUUGUGCUGUGCAUGAUGUUGGACGUGCUAUUAACACCUUUUAUGCGUAUAAAAGGUUUAAAUUUGAUGUAGGAAUUGACGAGUUUCAAAGUCUAUUAUCUGCACUUUGUCGAUACAAGAAUGUGCAAGAUGCUGAGCACUUGAUGUUCUGUAACAAGGAUGUGUAUCCUUUUAACACCAAGAGUUUUAAUAUAAUACUUAAUGGAUGGUGUAAUAUAAUUGGUAGUCCACGUGAGGCAGAGAGAAUUUGGAGGGAGAUGGGGAAGAGAGGUAUUCAACAUGAUGUUGUGUCAUUUGCAAGUAUCAUUUCUUGCUACUCAAAAUCCAAUAAUCUAAAUAAGGUGCUUAAACUUUUUAGCCAAAUGAAGAAGUUGAUGAUUGAACCAGAUAGGAAAGUGUAUAAUGCAGUUACUCAUGCACUUGCGAAAGGUAGGUUUGUAACAGAGGCUAUCAAUCUCCUGAAAACAAUGGAAGAGAAGGGUAUUGCUCCAAAUAUUGUUACUUAUAACUCACUGAUCAAGCCUCUUUGUAAAGCACGAAAAAUAGAUGAGGCUGGUAAAGUUUUUGAUGAGAUGUUGCAGAGAGGACUUUCCCCUACUAUUCUAACUUAUCAUGCUUUCAUGCGUGUCCUGAGGACAGGAGAAGAGGUGUUUGGGCUGUUGGAGAAAAUGAGAAAGACGGGCUGCGAGCCAGUUAAUGAUACCUACAUAAUGUUGAUUAGAAAGUUUUGUCGGUGGCGCCAAUUUGAUAAUGUCUUUAGGUUGUGGAAUGAAUUGUGUGAGAAUGGGAUUGGUCCUGAUCGUAGCUCCUAUAUUGUGCUGAUACAUGGCCUCUUUUUUAACGGUAAGUUGGAAGAAGCAUACAAAUAUUAUAUGGAGAUGAAGGGGAAACAUUUAUUGCCAGAACCAAAGAUAGAAGAGAUGCUUCAAGAUUGGAUGUCUGGUAAACAAACUGCAGCACAGUGUGUGAUGGAUUUAAAGGAUAGUCAAUGCAGUCAGUUAAUUGAUAAAACAACAUCAGCCUCCAAGAAGUUUCAUACAGACUUUCUUCGACAGGCAGAGACUAGAAGAGUUGUGAGGGAGCGAGGCUUUUCUUUUUGGGAACAGUAGGCUUCAUAUAAUGACAGAUUUUAUGUGUCUCUGCGGAGUUUAUGUGCAAGGAAAUUGCUAAUCAACCACUUUUUACCGCCCA